AGAGCUGCUGUCUUGGAGUGCAGUUGGCUGUUAAAGUUGCCAUCGUAUCUACAGUGAAAAUGGGUAAGAAAGAAAGGACAGGCUACAGUACAGGACAGAGAAAAAAAAAUGACAUUGUAAAACCGAGAGUAAAAAUUGACAUUUCGGGGUGUGCUUUGGGAUUGCAAUAUUAUAAUAGUAGUUUGUCCUCACAUUCCUUGCCAAAAAAGGUGAAAACUCAUGGAAGUCUAGGACUUUUCAGGUCACCUUCUUCAAUCAAAGAGGACUCUUUUUUAUUUUUCUUUAAUUUGCCCCCACCCCAUCCCCUUUUUACCUGUUCAUGGAUCCCAAGGGCUCCAAGCAGCCUCCACAGGAAGUAGCCAACUUCUUGAGCCUGCCACCACAACCCCAACAACAGCAGCAACAGCCUCAAAACAUGGGUGAGAAUAAACCAGCUGAAAUCAAGGAUUUCCAGAUUGUUGUUGCAGAUAAAGAAGAAGGGAAGAAACAACAGUUGGCCCCAAAGAGAAGUUCAAACAAAGACAGGCAUACCAAGGUCGAAGGAAGAGGUAGAAGGAUAAGGAUGCCUGCUUUAUGUGCAGCUAGAAUCUUUCAGUUGACCAGGGAAUUGGGUCACAAAUCUGAUGGGGAAACAAUACAGUGGCUGUUACAACAAGCCGAACCAUCAAUAAUAGCCGCCACAGGGAGCGGAACGAUACCCGCAUCAGCUUUGGCAGCAGCGGGAGGUUCAAUUUCGCAGCAAGGGGCCUCUCUAUCAGCGGGGUUGCACCAAAAGAUGGAAGAUUUAGGGGGGUCCAGUAUAGAGUCAGCGAGCAGUAGGACCAGUUGGGCAAUGUUUGGUGGCAAUUUGGGGAGACCCCAUCAUGUAGCAACAGGAUUAUGGCCCCCAGUCAGUGGUUAUGGGUUUCAGUCAUCGUCUGGUCCAUCUACAACAAAUUUAGGCAGUGAAAGUUCUAAUGAUCUGCAAAAGAUUGGGUUUCCUGGUUUUGACUUGCCAGCUGCUAACAUGGGUCAGAUGAGUUUCACCUCAAUCUUGGGUGCGGCUAGCCAUCAGCUCCCUGGUUUGGAACUUGGGUUGUCUCAAGAUGGUUAUAUCGGGGUUCUAAAUCCUCAAGCUAUAAGCCAGAUUUAUCAGCAGAUGGGGCAGGCUAGGGUGCACCAACACCAGCAACAACCCCCCGCUAAAGAUGAUUCCCAAGGAUCGGGCCAGUAAAGUUGUAAACUUUGGGAGCAAUAUAAA